UGAUACUGAAUCGUCCCCCACCCUUCACGUGAGGUUACUAGAGUGCCGCCACUAGAGUGCCAGCCAGCUUUUAUCGGCUUUUCUUUAUUUUUUUUAUUUAUUCGCCCAAUGUUUUGAUAAGGAAACAGUAGCGGAAAUUUUAUGUCUUUAUAGUUUAAUAUUUUUUAUGAGUCACUUACAUGUAUAAGAAUAAUUUACAAAUAAACAUUUAAACGGUUAGGGACGAUUCCGCGCCGACGAUUCCGCGCCGACGUUUCCGCGCCGACGUUUCCGCGCCAGGUCAGUUCCGCGCCAGGUCAGUUCCGCGCCAGGUCAGUUCCGCGCCAGCACGUUUCCGCGCCAGCUAUAGAGGUUCCGCGCCAGUUAUAAAAUAAGUAAAUAAUAACCUGAACACGAGCCGGUCCACUUUCUAUACAUGUAUGAUUACCUACUUAAAAAGAUAAUGGCUUUUUAGAAUCAAAAAAAUUUAAAAAUCAAAGUAUCACAUAUUUUGUAUAGCUGGCGCGGAAACGUGCUGGCGCGGAACUGACCUGGCGCGGAACUGACCUGGCGCGGAAUCGUCGGCGCGGAAACGUCGGCGCGGAAUCGUCGGCGCGGAAAGAUACCCCACCGACAUUUAAAAGCGUUAAAUAUUUUUAUAAAAUAAUUUGAUAGAAAAUUAUCUAAAAUUUUUGUUAACUAUUAAAUGAAUGACCAAAAUUUGGUAGAACAUUACAAUUGCCUACGACAACAAUCUAAUCACCAACGAGGACAGAAACGCGACGGCACACCUAGCUCAGAUCCAUCACUUAUUCGUCGGCAUACAACGCCUGAUAUGGCGGCUUCGGCCGCAUAUGGAAUGGUGUUGUGCGGCACUGAUGAGCUUGAGCAUCGCUAUAGAGGCCGUAUUGAGAAAGUUAAAUUUGGUGUUCCUGUUAAUGAGGCUUUUUCUCCUGACAUUCCUGCAACUCUUUUGGUGCUUCUGUUGAAAGUAAAUAAGGAAGGACCUCUCAAAAAGGAUAUUUGGCGUGCACCGGGUAACCAAGCACAAGUGCGGAAACUUUCGAAUAUCAUGCAACAUGGACGACUUGUUAAUAUUUCGAACAUUAGCGUUUACACCGCUGCCUCUGUCAUUAAACGUUUUCUGGCUAAACUUCCUGGUGGAAUUUUGGGAGCUGAUAACGAGAAACGACUUUUCGAAUCAGUUCAACAGGAAAAUUUUAGUGAUGAUUCAAAACGUGAACUUUUUUGCAGAAUUGUUUCGAAUUUGCCCAUUCCUUCGCAGCAUUUAAUCGUUCUUCUUUUUGGGACUUUCAGAGUCAUCACUGAUUCUGCCGAAACUUUUGGGACCCGGAUGACUCCUGAAGCAAUUGGAAUCUCUGUAGCACCUUCUCUGUUUCAUACGUGUAUACACGAUGGACAAAGAGCAAAAUUAGAUGAUAUUAUGCGUUUCAAAAUUGCUUCUCAAGUAAUCUCGGAAAUAAUUCGUGGAUUUGGCUACACGAAUCUAUUCCCUCGUGAAUGUUACGAAUUCUACGCUCGUAUAACUGGGCGCACAUUGCGUGUUGAUGAACAAUGGCAUUUUUCGUUCCAGUUGCCAUCAAGUAUGUUUUAA